CACUCCCCUCCUCUCUCCCCCACCCUGCACUCCACUCCACACUCCCCACCCCAAAUCUUUCCCACCUGUAAAUUCUUCUUCUGUACUCUGUAGAAGGGAUGACUCACUGUCUUGCUCUCUGGUAUUGAGACUUGCAUCAGUUAUCAUGAUGACAUCCAAAUAGUGAUUUUAUUGACUACGUGAGACGGGAAGGGUGAUUGGUGGUAGAAUGAGUUGAUGGGGUUAGAGGUAGAAUCACUUUGCAGGAAUUAUUGGGAUACUAUUAUUGAAGAAUCCCACCUCAACUUAUUGGAGACUUAUUAGAGACUGAUUGGAUACUGAUGGAGACUUAUUGGAGACUAUUAUUGGAGCACUGUCUUGACUUUUAGCCUUUUUCCUAAGCAGGCUGUUCCUCUCUCUCACUCCGUCCUAUUCUACGACCAGUCUUUGCCAUUUUCCCAGAGAACCAAACCUCAAUAGAUCUUCUGAGUCUACAGACAAAGUGUUACUCCCAACCAUGUUACCCAAGACUCGUCUGGGGAAGCGUUCCCCCCUAGGGGCAUUGGUGUGUACCUCCUGCCCCUCCAUGGAGAGCACACUGGAGACAGGGGGCCACGGGGAACCUGAGGGGGGCGUGGGGAGCCCAACCAUGGGACCACCAGGGCCCCAGCAUCUCAGCAGGUUCAACUACAAACUACACCCUGGACAGAAGGUGUAUGUGUUGUGUGGAGGGCGUGAGUGCACUGGGGUGGUGGAGCAACACAACCAUGUGGAUAAUGAGGUGGCUAUCCUACUGCCUGCUCUGGGACAGCAUGUCCUGAGGAAACUACAGGACGUCUGGACCUCCCCCGCUGUCCCUCCUCAACCUCCUACUGCAACACAGAGCACAGGCAGACCACACCAAGUGUCCUCCUGCAUCGAUGUGCCCAAUGUGCCCAGGAGGAGUCCAGAGUCACUGGAUAUGGAUGAGAUGAUGGCAGCCCUGGUUCUGACCAGCCUGUCCUGCAGCCCUCUUGUUCAGAGCCCACCUCAGAGAGACACAGUCAUAGCAGGCUCUACAGGUAUGGAGUGCGGAGGCGGGGAACUCUCAGACAGCGGCAGCAGUGGCUACUGGAGCUGUGACCGUGGCUACAGAAGCCCGGCCCCAUCUCCGCCAAUCACAGAGACAGAAGGUCACAGCCUGGCCACACCCACUGAUGAGGGAUUGGAAAUGGAGCUGGAGCAGGUGCUGUUUGACGAGCCUGCACCACGGAAACGCAGGAACUCAGUGAAGGUGGCCUACAGGUGUCUGUGGCCCAACUGUGGGAAGAUUCUGACGUCUGUCGUGGGGAUUAAACGUCACAUCCGUACCCUGCACCUGGGCCAGAGUGGUGAGCAUGAGCGUUGCUCCCACAGCGAGGAGGACUUCUACUACACAGAGAUCCACCAGCGGGAGCUGCAGCCCCUCACCCCACCUCCUGUGGUCUCCACCCAACCCCCCAUCCCUACCACUAGCACCAUCACCCCCUGGUUGGCCUGCGCCUUCCCCUCCAGCUCCUCUCCCUCUGGGGUAGGACCAGGGGAACCAGGGGUAGGAGCAGGAGCUGGAGGAGACUCCCCCACAGAAGUGAGCCCCCAGCCCAUCCAGCUCAGCCAGUCUGCCCCCUCCACCCCAGGGUGCUUCGGGCAGGUCCACUCUGAGCACUCCUACCAGGCUCCUGCUUCAGUCCAGGUGGUGGCGCCACCCGUCUCUGUCUCCUCCUGCCGUUGGACCACACCCACCUCCACCCCCCAACCAAGACAGGGCGCACCAUUCCUUGUGCGGUCAGUCAGUGUGGGAGAACAGUGGCCGCAGCAGCAGAAUGCCCCAAUUAGGCCACACCCUGCCAGCACCUCUCCCCCACGCAGCCACUGGACUACAAGGAGGAUCCGUGGAGAGGCUAAGAAGUGUCGUAAGGUGUACGGCAUCGAGCACCGGGAUCAAUGGUGCACCGCCUGUCGCUGGAAGAAAGCCUGCCAGCGCUUCCAUGACUGAACCCCUAACCGAAGAAAAGAGGGAUGAAGAGCAAGAAAGAGUUAUGGAGGAGAAAAAGAAAGUGAGAGAUCCUGGCUGAAGAGAGGAGCAGUCACCUCUUCAAGUGAAGACUGAGGAACGAUCUGGGUGUCAACCAGUGGAGCACCGUGUACGUUGGUGUUUAUUUCUUUUUUUGUUUUGUUAGUUUUUUGUACUUUUUACAACUUUACUAAACGUUUUUAUGUAUUUUGUUCAUGUCUUUGAGAACUUUGGUUCUUGUGUGUUGGUGCUCAAGGUGAACUUGGCGGGCGCAGCUUACUGAUCUAUGACCGGUAACCUAUGACCUAUACCCGCAGCAUAGUCCCGCAUCUCAGUUUCUUUGUCUUCUUGCCCAGGGAGGGGCUACACAGGAAGCGGACCUUGAUCCUCUUCUCUUCCAAAUCUUUGGCUUUAACCUAUAACCAGCAGCUAUAUAGGGGAUGCCAAUUGCUCUAUGACAUCAUGCCGUCCAUAACUUGGCUUAGAAACAAGGCUUUCUGCUUGUUGCCAAGGGUGUGCUUGAGCCAGGCAGGUGUUGAGCAGAAUAUCUGAAAUAUCUGUAAAUCAACCCAACUUCCAAAUGCCUGGGCAAGAACAGAUCCAUAUGAUACAAAGAUUAACCGAUCCAUUCACGCUUUGGCUUUCUGUCAGUGUAGGCGGUGGAGAAUAAUGAUUAGGAGAAGAAAGUCAAGUGAUACGAGGAGGGAGUUAGCCCUAAGUAGCAGAGGUAAAGCUUCAUUAAAUACUUAGUAACAAGCAUGCUAAAUACAGGACCUAUGUCAGAGAGGAGAGUUGCUGGCCAUUAACUUGUUCAGUUAUUUGUUAAUAAUGGAUACCAUCUGUUGUCAAUUGCAUAAAGUGCACUAAUUGGCUGGGAGAAUCCCCCUUGACCUAUAGGAUUCCAUCUGCUUAUGAUCUACCAAUCAACGGUAACCAGUAAGUUGUGUCCUAAACAUUGAGAAUUGAUUGGAGAGUUGUAAUUGGAGGAGAAGUCAAAUGCAGAUUUGGGAGUCAUAUGUCCAACCUGUCUGAUGAUGUUGUUAUAAGCCAUUUAUUCCUGCAAAUAUGUAGCUUUGUUAUUGUAAUUGGCUUUUUUAAGGAAACAAAAAUAACGUUUUGUCGACGUCGACUAUGUAAUUUGUAUAGUGUGUUUCGUUAUAUUAUCCAGCAAUGUUGUGUCUAUAUUUUGCAACUGUCAUUUUUCUAAGAUGUGUUAAAUACAAUGUUCCGCCAGGAAUUACCAUGUUGUGGGAUAUAGGAAUCAAUUCACAUACUUUAGACCAAUCAGAUGUCAUUCACACUGAUUUUCACUUCUCUGAGCAUAAUGCAAGCAACUGUUAAAAGAUAAAGACUCAGUAUCUCGUCCUUGUUGUUAGCAGCUACUGUAGCUAUCCUUUCUGUUUUGCCUUAGGCCUCUAAGUUGGGGGGGGGGUUGAGUUACACCACAAAUGGCCUUAUAAUGGGCUUUAGUUACACUAACAGAUAUCAUUUAAUGCACUGUAGACACUAUGACAGAAUAGGGCAUGGAAGUAUUGGGUCCCUUUACAACAUGGAGGUCAUUGGCAGGUUGUGUCUUAUUUACUCACGUCAUUGUAAUAAAAUGAUCAAUUUGUAUAAUAUAUUUUGGCAGGAAUCGAUCUCCAUACAUUUGUCAUAUACUUGGAUAGCCAAUACCCCCAUACCAGUCUCAUUAGUGGCGAUACACUAACUGAAUUAUAUUAUAGAGGUUCCUGGUUAGAUGUGGAAUGUACCACAUGGUGCCAAUAAUAAUAACUUAAAUAUGGUGCCAGCAUUGAGUCUGAAUGCAUUUACUAAGACUAAGGGCUUAUCUUAAAAUGAUAUGCUGCUUGAGGGCAUUGUGGCCCUAACCCAAACCCUUGUCACUCUACCACCUAUUGUAAAUGAACAUGCAUACAUCUCUGUUGAUAAAGCGUUUAAGGAACGUUCAGCAUAAACAGAUGUUUCAUAUGUUAAGACCCAAAAUAUAUUAAUGAUUGUUUAUUGAAACUCAUGUUUCCUUGCAGUAAGCCAAUGAAUCCACAGAAGCAAAUAAACAAAAUGUUAUUUAUAUAUAUUGUGCUAUGUAUGUACUUAGAGAAAAUACAACCGUUGAAUAAAGUAUAAUUUGUAUUAUGAUGCACUCAUUUUAUAUGGAAUCUGAAAUGUUUUUGUCUUUUUGAUGUUGAAAUAUACUUGAUAAAGAUGUAUCCUGUCUCUAGUA